AGUCGGGCACAAAAAGUAACCUUGAUCUGUUGUAACAGAUGUUCCACGGCAAGGAAAAUCAAAUACCGGCCGCCACAGUCGAAGUCGUACACAAUGGUUGGAAAUGGUGCUUCCAUGCACCUUGGCUUACUCACCGAUUGUAUAGCACGGGCAGGAAUGGAGGCAGCGGCUGUGUCCACACCAAUGGUCAGCGGAGACGUCGACAACACCGCGAACUCACUGGCCAGCGUAACCGAGUUCGUAGCGGAUGGUUAGGCCAGAGAAGGCUCGUCUCAUUCGAACACGGGUCUGCGUCGAGAGCACGGACGAGUAGCAUGCAACGCGUAGUGACGUUUCUAUGGGCACUCCCGCUGUUGGUCGCUGCUUGCGCAGCGCAGAGCCUGGUUUCUAUGGAGGCAUGUUCUCGAGGAAAUGGCGCUCCUGGAUUCCAGAACUUCACCAUCUCUCCUUGUGACAGUGAGCCCUGUGUGAUCACGAGAGGGGAAACCUACAACGUCACCUUCUUCGCACAAGCUACCGCCGACGCGAGUGUCGUCAUGCUAAGCACCAGCGUCCACCAGCAGUCCAACGCCACGCUGGUCCAGAUUGGACAGACGGUCAGCUGCCAUUUCCGGGACUUCCCCUGCAACGUGACCAAGGGAGAGCUCUUCCGCGGAAGUUACAACUUCCGCCUCGGCUUCAGCACUUUCGCUCCUGAGGAGGCUACCUAUUGGGUCCAAGUCGGCACCUACCAGGCUUUGUUCGCGUGCGGCCAGACCAAGCUCAUCGUCGAGUGAACGAAAAUACCACUUGUCAUUACGACUUUGCUAUUGGGUUAGCAAAUUAUUUAACAGUUUUGCAAAAUACUACCAUCAAUAUUACUAGGGUGGACCUUGCGAAUCAUUAUUACGCCAUAGGUCAUUAGGUCAUUACUGCGUAUUACCCACAUAUAUACGUGAAUAAUGAAAA